CGUACAGCUUUUCACGCUUUUCACUCCAUAAACCCUACUGACCUUCAAACGGCCUGCCAAAACCCCUCUCCACUUUCUCUCCAAUUCAACGGCAAUGGCAAAUCGACGUUGUAUUCAAACCCUAAUUAGCCGUUGUUUUUGCAUAUCUCAUUCUCCAAACCCAUCUCCCCAUCCCAUUCUCAAAACCCUAACUAUAGCCCCUCAUUUUCUCCUACAAACUGAAUAUUCCACCGUGCAAUCCCUAACCCCGACGGAUCCCGGCAAAAUUUGUUCUGCGUUUCCGUCAUUUUCGCGGCAUCUCUGCUCCGAUAAUCGGACUAGUAUGGGCAGCAUUGAUAAUGAUGGAGACGAAGAAGAAGAAGAAGAAGAAGAUGAUGAUGAUGAUGAAAGUGAGGAUGAAGAGAGAGUACAUUUGAGUGGGAAAUCAGAUGAACAAAAAGCUGAAGAGGCCGCGGAAAUUGGGUACAAAGUUAUUGGCCUGCUUGAGGAGUCUGACCGGGUUUUUAAACCCUAUGAGCCGGUUUUUGCAGUUGUUCAGGUUGGUUCACAUCAGUUUAAGGUGAGCAAUGGAGAUAGCAUAUUUGUAGAGAAGUUGAAGUAUUGUGAUGUGAAUGACAAGAUUGCACCAAACUGCUUUGUAUUAUUAACGUUCUAG